AGCAUCGUUUUUUUGAAACGACGAGGACACUAUCGAAGGGGAAUGAUCGCAUGUAUUUGAAGAUAUCGGGAACUUCUUGACUUUCACACUGUAUCUACUGUUUUGGAUAUUUUUAACUACGUCUGAUUUUCACUAUCUGGGCGGGUUUGUUGUAGAAGUGAUCGCUAAAAAUUACCUUGACUUCUCGGAGGUAAAAUAGAAGCAGCUUGAUAUUGCAUUUAGCAACUUCACAAAGAACAAGUUGCUUCUGUUGUAUUAUUCGUAGCUGGUACAACAUAUUUCACGAAAGGAACGUACAGAUAAGCCACCAUUACUAUGCCGGAAUCCAGCAGUUCUUCCAGUACGCGUCCGCUGGACAAGUCCGAGUCGCAGCCAGCUCUGGUGGUGACGAAGGAUUUUUCCACGAACCCAAACUACUGGAAUAAGUACGUCACCCCCUACGUGGCAGACAGGACAGAGGAGUACGCUUUCAACCCGCUGCACGUCCCGGAAAAGGACAACUUCGAUCUAAAAUGGCGGUUUGUCAACAAGGGCCCGUACAUGAUGAAAAAAUACGGAAGAUUUCCACGACCAGAGAAGGAAAGAACCAUUGGCGACAUAAGGGAAGAAGUGGGGCGGAUUGAGGAGCAGAAGGCCAUGGUAUAUAGUGAAAAAAGUACUUAUUUUUAUUUCGCGUGCGUGCAUAUUAAAGUGCAUGUGAUGUUCUACUUCAGCCCUGCUCAUGCGCGUACUAGUAGUUCUUCACACAUUUCUAUGUCGUUUCAAAAAAUCAAAAACAGCAACCACUAGUAUCACCAAAGUCCCGUGCGGUCUUCUCACCUCGUGGCGGGGAAUCCAGGACGACAUCCCCUGGGGGAACGAAAAAAGCCUCGAACUACGAAAACCAAAAGCCCGGGCCGGAAAUUUUCAGGGAAAAGGGGGAUUACCAGGGAUUGAAAAAUAUCGACAACUUCGAAUUGGCGCAAAUGAAGUUGAAGGAAGGUAGAGCAGACAAAUUUUUACAGGACUGGUCACUACUCAUGGUGCUGCGUGUAGUUUUUUCUGUAGUACCUUGUUGUUCAGGAUAAGAAUUGAUCUCUCCAUUUCCAUGUGACCCGAUUGAUGACUGUGUCGUGUACUAUAAUUUCGAAAACUACAUUCUAUCAGAUACGAUGUACGUGCCACCCGGGAGUAAGUAUCAAGCCCCGCACCCGAUGUCAAACACGCGAAAACACUUCCAUGACGACGCGACGGUAGAUAUGAAGAAGGUGAUGGCGUUAAGGAAACUCGGUGGGGCAGUCAUUCCAACAAGCAAGAGCUUGACCAAUGUAUAGGAAUUUCUCAUGAAUGUAGGUCUAGUCGCAGCUUUGACAACGUGAGAUUUAUGGUCGCGUCUGUAUCACACAAUCCGAUCUUUGUAAAAUGCAAUGAAUUAUGCGCGAACCAACCAAUAUAUAGAAAAACAAAAACGACACCAGCUCCCGCUUGCGACCGACAAGGCUGCCACGGAAUUUGGCAGUGUCAAGCAGCUGCACAAAUGCAGAAGUACUGAUGUGUUUUUUUUUGUUUCAUUCAUCCUGAUUCAUCUGAGUAGAUAGCGCUGCAUCAUGCAACGAGAUGUGAUGUAUGUAUGACUAUGAUUUCGAAACCGCAAAGACAAAUAUAAAAAAAAUCAGAUAAGCACAUGCGAUCGAUCCACAACCCCUGCGAGCGAUUCUCCGGGAAAAUGAUGUUGGGCUCACAAGCGGUCGGUUGGGCGCAGGAUGAUGACAGGUGCGCGAGGGCGGUGCACUACAAGGGCCCAACGCACGGGAUCACUGACUCGUUUGUCACACAGUACAAUUUUGGAUGCUUGUUUCUGUUUGCUUUUCGCAUGGCAACAAAUUCAAAUAUGAGAAUCAAUGCGCAUGCUGCACAAAAAAAAAUGGCAAACAUCUUCAGUACUGUGAAAGAACAUGAAAAACUAUCAACUUGUUGAAAAAGGUACUAUCACAACAUGAGGAUGACAAACAUGGAGGCGAUUCUGCGCUACGAGGGCUAGGAGCAAGACGGAGACACUCUUUCGAGUGGGGAAGUUUUCUUUCUCCCUGGUAUCUUCUAUCAGCUGGUGCUGUGUAUGAUUUAUUGACUGGUAAAAGAAACACGAAAACGAAGCCAUUAUCAUCAAAAAUGCAGCUAUUACGUGUACCAAAACGGAUGCAGGCUCAGUUAUUUUCAGAUUUUUAGCAACAGGUGACACGACAAUACGAAACGCGAUUUUUAGCAGGUUUAUCAUUUCGAUUUUUAGCAUCAAUAGAUUCGCAAUAGAUUCGAAACGCGAGAUAGCUCAGCAGGACGAGUGCAAGAUUUUUAGCAGGUUGACGCGCUUGAGAUAGCGGUAACGAAAAUGUGCUUGUCUUUAUGCAAGAUGAGUUUCGAGUUCACGGAUAGCGGAAGUUGUGGAAGGUUGUGAGAU